UUGUGUUCCUCCAACCACCAGUGAAGUCAGUCCAUCCGGGAGAUGAGCUUCUUCUCCAGUAGAAUGGAACUGCUGGAAAGGUGACCGCCAUUCAAACAAUGGUCUAUGAAGCACUCCACAGAAACUAGCUGCAUCGCAUUAAACACAUCCAUCUGCAAUAAAAAGGCACCUACCACAGAAACGGGAAGAAGUUUCGGCAAAAACCAGUUAAGAUCUGGUGUUGUUCCCCUUUCAUCCUGGUUGCAGCUUCUCGCAAUUAGGAGUAGCCAUGUCAUUCUCUUCGCUGUUUUAACUUCGUUGCAAUUAAGAGUUGCCACUUGUUGCUCCAAUUUAUUCUCUUCGCCACACAUGACGGCCAUAUCUGCCACCACGGACAACAUCCAGUGCAGGAACCCGCUAAUGGCGGGAGGAUUGAUGUACUCAAUCUCAAGCUGGAGUAUCAUAAUGUCGUUGUUGUAGCGGUGUGUUCGUGAGAGAGAGAGAGAGAGAGAGAGAGAGCAAGUGUUCAGGCACUUGGAGAGCUGAACUACGUGACAUCUGCUAAACUAGAUGAGCCUGGCUGAAUCAUCAGCGUGGACGCAAUGGGACACCAGAUGACAAACAUCGCUAAACAUGCAGGUGAGAUGACCAGUGGAGUUGGAGGUGAUUCUAGUGGAGAGCGAGAGAGCAGGAGCGGAGAGGGAGAGGAAUACGCCGCAUGAAUGGUGAGGAUGAGGGAGGCGAUGGGACAGCUUCGAGGAGGAGAGAUUGGUGUGAUGGUUCGCUCCCCAUGGACGUAAUGCAUCGCUUGCACACCUGGGAGUAUGAGCGUGACAGGUUGCUCUCAAAAGCAAUAACCGAACGACGGGGACAGUUUAUUUGUCCGCGAGAAGUUAGGAAGGUGUCGAAGGCGACGAACGGGGAAGGCUCGGCAGAAGAAGUAUGGCGAGAAGAGAAGCAUCUGAGGAUGCCCGGAACACCGUAGUGCAAGUCGCCGCCGGAGAAGUUCACACACUUGCUCUCACAGUUAAGAGAUGGCGAUUGAUUGGUGUUUUUGUGAAGCUGUGGGUGGUGUAUACACAUGGGGGCGAAACCUGUUCGGGCGAUCGGGCAUUGGUGGUGUCCAGGAUGGUUUUGUUCCCACUUACGUAUCCGUUGGGACGAAUCUCGACGAUGGAGACGGUUCCCGGAGCUCGCAUUCGUCUGGAAGAGAGGGCAACUUCCAUUCUCUUCAUGUACGUGACAGAGACAGAGUUAAUCGGCCACCAAAAGUCGUGCAAGUUGCUGCAGGGGCGAACCACAACCUCGCAUUGACAGCAGAUGGCGUAGUGUGGUCGUGGGGUUACAAUGCCUAUGGUCAACUUGGUCGUGAAAAGGACGCAUCGCAUCCGUCGUCAGUUACCUUCACUUGCAGAACCACCGCCGAAGACGGUCGCCGAGGCGCAGCUAUGCGGCUCAAGAGAGGAACUACCGACCAGGAGCGCAAACGGCCGAAGAAAUUGGUGCAGAUCAUUGCGGUGGAAGCUGGUGGCAUGAUAUCUUGUGCCAUAGACUUGGAUGGCGCUCUCUGGCUUUGGGGUGCCGUUCCAAACCCUUCGGAUUGUUCUGGUAGUCGCAGCAGCGGCAACGGGAGCUUCUCUGUCAUAAGAGUGGAGAGGCCUGAAAAAGUAAGAGGACUUUUGGGGCUCAGGGUUUAUCGAGUCGCUGUGGGGAAUGAACACAUUGUCGCUCUUGUGGAAGGAAGGGACGAUAGCGACCUCGACUGCUAUGCCUGGGGAAACAACCAAUUUGGUCAGCUAGGUCUCGGCGAUUUCAGAGACAGGGAGUACCCUCAGGUGGUGAAAGCUCUCUCCGCAUCCGUUAUCGGUUCUAUUGUGGAUCUUGCUUGCGGCGCAUUUCACACUGCGAUUCUUGCCGUGAAAGAGGAUCAUCCUGCCAACCUCAUACUGGAACCAAAUUCCCCAAGGUGUAGGCGAAACAAGCAGGGUUGGGAUGUCAGUCAAGAUAUCUCCACCCCCAGACAUAGUUUCUUUAGAACCCAUCAACCGAUGGCCGAGGAGUUGGAAUCUAUCCGAAACUCUCCUAAUGUGCGCAUGAGGCAAGAUAGUGAGACGAGCUCCUCUCUAAGGUCGACCGCUUGGGGCUCAUCGCGCAUGUCUUCCAGUCGCAAUUUCACACAAUGUACCAGCACGAGGUCUAAAGAGAGCUUUUGCUUAGAGGGUCGACUGUCCGUUUGUUGGACGUUUGGACAGGGAGAGAGCGGACAAUUAGGUCAAGGUACGUCGUCUAAUCAAUAUUUCCCUGCUCCUGUCGAAGGUCUUCCGAACGAGCGUCUCCGGACGGUUGCAUGUGGACUCUUCCAUACAUCCGUGGUAACCGAAACAGACGACGUUUGGGUGUGGGGAAUGGAGGGAGGAUUAGGUCUUUGCCCCGGAAUUGGCCCCCCUGGUACAAAAACUGGCGAUGCAUUCUCUCCUGUGCGCGUAUUCGGCGAUAGCUCCGCAAGUUGUCAUCCUGUCAUGGGGUCCAAAGGCAUCACCUGCGGGGCGGCACACACUGUCACUAUUUCUAACGGCGGUAGAGAUAUCUGGGCGUGGGGGCGAGGUCAGAGUGGAGUUCUGGGGUCAGGACACACCUCCGACAGCUGGUUCCCAUGUCCAGUGAUAUGGCCGCCGGCGGCCUCAGCGUCAUGGUCUGGUGGAGCUAAAGUACCUUCUCAGUCGGAUACAUUGUUCCCCAUAGACUUCGAUUGUCGAAGGUCAAGCCGAGCUUCAAGUUGGACUGGGUCCAGAGACAGAGCAGAUUCCAUCAAGUCUUCUCCCAAAGUAACAGUCAUGGUCGACACGAGGAAGACCGGAGGUCAACCAUCAGAGAAUUCGGCCGUGUUAGAUGAAAUUAAAUCCAUCCAGAAGGAGCUGGCCGAGGUACGACGUUACGCUGAAAGCCUCCACGCAGCCAUUUACGGGGAGGCGGAAUAUUUCUAUCAACAACCCGGAAACCUUUUCCACUCGGAUAGGAACAGCGAUUACGAUCAAAGCUCCGAUCAGGGACAGGGGAGCGGCGGUGCUUUGCGGAAAGAGAAAGCUCUUCAGGAGUGGGAGCACCGCAUGGAAGCUGCAUCUGACGCCAAUCUGGCAAAUCUCGAUCGUUUUUACAGAGGAAUGCGAAUUCGAUUGAAGGAGGUUUUGUUUGAGAGGAAAAGCAGUGAGUGGUGUCACCAUUACAUGUCGGCAAUGGAUUCCUCCGCUACUCCCGUGGACCCACAACCUAUGCGGGAGCCGUAUUCAGCGGAUUGUACUCCCUCCAUGAAUGGUCCAGGAAUGCUGGCCAUGCUUAAGACCGGCCUCUACAAUGACAGAGCAGAAAUGCUUCCACCGGCAGCCUCCGUCGCCGAAUUUUGCAUGUUAGCCAGACAGCAAAGAUGACAGAUUCCUCUCCUUCUCCUCCUCCUCCUCCUCGUCUCUGUUGCUGCGUUUCCUCACCGUCUCUCUACCCCGCACUCGAUCCUCCUCACCGCACUCGAUCCCAUGUUUAGGUUCGCCGAUACAAUCGCUUCAGAGGUUGCGGUAAGCAGAUGCUUUGUAAAUACUUCCAUCAUCUCCACAUUACCAUGAAUCGGAAUUGUAAGCCUUAAAUCUUCAACUCCGUGGAGGAGUUUCAUCCUUGCGGGGAGGGUAUCUGGACAUCUAUCUAUCAAAGAGGUGAAAGCCGUUUCCGUCUUUCGAGAACGAGCGGCAUCGCUUGCUGAUCACUCCGACACUUGACAUAAUCUUACCAGCCUGUCUCGAGUAAGCUUGUCCGUGAACAUCCAUCGCUAGCGAACCAUGCGACAAGUUCUAGUGCCCAUGCAAAGCAAAAUGGAGAUAAUGCCUUUGAGCUUUGUAUGUGCCAAGGCAACUGGAAUUCAUUGCUUCCAGUGGAUGACAGGUUGAUCAUGGAAUCCUGGAUGAGACAUCCAUCCACCCAUCCAUGCUCGUCGUAUCUUCUUUGUAUAUUUAGCAACAAGUGGAUUAACCCAAAUGAGGUUCCAAUUCAAAGGUUAUGUAGUUGUAUUGACAACUGCAUGGAUGGUUUUAACUGUUGUAUCAUGUUGGAUUAUGCAAGAGGGCAACUUCUUGAGGUCUUUGGCAGAAUGUAUGGAUUGUGAAUCUGUGACUUUGAAAGAGAAAAAGUAUUUGUGUAGAAAUUUGAAUAAAUCACAAAGAGUAUGUUAGUGGAA